CGUACCCACCGAAAACAUUGUACAUGUUGUGUGUAGGAAUAUUGCGGCACCUACGUGAAAAUGAAAUUCAUAUCAAUUUCUUGGACGAAAAGGACUCGCAAUUUUAUGAGUUUAGGCGUUCGCUUAGUGCUAGAAUGACACAGCUAACGGCAGAGGGAAUAGGGACAACUCCAAAACAAGCAGAACCUAUUAACCAAGAGAGUGAAGAUAUUCUUUGGGAGAAGAAUUUACUAGGAAACAAAAGUUCGAAAUCUGUGCUUAACACUAUGUUUUUUUACAACAGCAAACUGUUUGGUUUAAGGGGUGUAGACGAACACAGGAACUUGUCAACAGAUCAGUUUAAAAUUGGAAAAGAUCAAAAUGGACAUUACAUUGCCUUUUCUGGAAGAGCUAGCAAAACCUACAAAGGAGGACUUCAUCAGAGACACCUGACUGCAAAAAACAUAAAGCACCAUUUCCAAAAUCUUAAUUUAUUUAAGAUUUAUGAAGAUUACCUAAGUAUUAUUUCUGAAAUGAACGGGAACUCGUUUUAUAGACGACCUUUAGAGAAAGGUUGUGAAAUCAAAUUCAGUUCACAGCCAUUAGGUGUAAAUAAAUUGUCAUCAAUAAUGAAAAGCAUGUGUUUUGAGGCAGGAAUCGAAGGUUACUUUACAAACCAUUCCGGAAAAAGGACGUGUGCAACAUCUCUCUAUCAAGCUGGCGUUCCGGAGCAAGAGAUAAUGAAUAGAACCGGACACAGAUCUGUUGAAAGCGUUCGAAAAUAUAAACGAGCUUCAACGGAAAUGCUAAUGGAUAUUUCAAACAUUCUUGAGCCAGGAGGCCCGCCAAAGAAAUGUAAAUUGGAAUCACAAGACAAAGAAGAAAGCAUGGACAUGGGCAAAUCUGGUCUAGAUAGUAUUAAUUCCGGUAAUGCUGAUGGCAAAUGUGUGUUUUCGCAGUGCGUGUUCAAUUUUACGGGAGGAAAUUAGAUGUUUUCACAAAAUCAUAUUUUAAGUGAUAUAUAUUCAUUACGGAGUUAAUGUGAUAUAUUUGAUUUUCCUUAGUUCUGAUUGAUGUAGAUACGAGUUACAAUGAAGUGUUUUGGGAAAUACUACACUGUUAAUACUAAUAUACCGUUGUACAGUUGUAUAUUGAAAGUUGAUAUG